UCAAGGCUACUAUUCUUGAAGCAUGUGCGAGUCCAGAGCCAGAGACGACGAGCGUGGAAGAUGAAUUGUACAAGUACACAUUCACUGGUGACUGGGAAAACGUGGUUUGGUUUUACCGAACACAUCCAAGUUGGGUUCAAAGCAGCUGGAUCACGAGCUCGAAAGACACGGCACUGCACAUGGCCAUCAACGAUGACAGAGAAGGUGUUGUGCAGGAGCUGGUAAAAUUAAUCAGGCAGAGUCGAAACGGUGAAGCUCUCAAGAGUGAGAAUAACAGAGGAGAAACCCCUCUGCAUCGCGCCGCUGCGAGAGGAUCGGUGAGAAUGUGCGAGUGCAUCGUGGAUGCAGGAAAUGAGUUGGGUCUGGAUUUGCUCUCUAUUACCAACAAAUUGGGCGAGACACCCAUCUUCACGGCGGCUCUUCACAAUCGGAAACCUGCCUUCAUCUUCCUUUACGAAGCUGCUACUCACAGAUACGGACAAAAUUCGGAGAGACCCUAUAUAUUGCUUAGAAGAACCGGUGAUACUGGAGAUACCGUCCUUCACUCCGCCAUCAGGAGAGAGCAUUUUGAUCUGGCAUUCCACAUAAUCCGACUGUACCCAUAUCUUAUGGCCAAAUUCAAUGUGAAUGGAAUGACUCCUCUUCAUGUUCUGGCCUCCAAACCUUCUGUCUUUAGAAGUGGCUGCAGCCUCUCUUGGUGGAAGCAAAUCAUAUACUACUGUAUAUAUAUUGAUCCUCUCAAGUAUGAUCCUGAUCCUCCUCCUAGUUCUAAAAAAUCUCCUGAGAGCUCGGAAGUUAAGUGGCCAAAGAACUACUUGACAUGUUAUCAAUUCUUUUCAGAGCCCUACUUUGGUCUCAAGAAUUUUUGGAUGUCCAUGCGGACGAAGGACAAAUCCUCAGGCAGCGAAGGAAAGAAGGAUAACGGAGGGGAUGCAGAGAACCCAAGGGACUUGAAUAUGCAGGAAAUUGUUCCACAAAACUAUGCUACCUGUUAUGAGUUUGUGGCUUUUGUCUGCGUGAUUUUAUCUGGCAUUCUAGGAUAUGAUAAGCUCCCUUAUAUAUGAGACGUUGCGGGACCAAGCCAUCAGUGGCUGUUCCCCUAAAUUAAAACCCGC